GCCUAUACACGUCCUUCAAAGAAACCAGCUGAAUUUGGCGCUGAAGAUGGAGCCUGGCCCGGACUCCUCCAAGCAGUCGGGCUCGUGCGACUGCGACGCGGUGCCGUCCAGCGGCAGCUCCGCGGUGGAGAAGGGCGACCCAGAGGAGAACGAGGCGGACGCGCCRUGCGGCGCCGAUCCCAGCAGCGCGGACAUCAUGAAAAUCAGAGAGCUCAGCAUAGAGGACGGCAAAAGCCACGAAGACUGCCCGGCUGUGAACGCGAGCAAAGAGCCCUCGAGAGAGCUCGGCAGUAAAGACUCCACCGCAGAACUGAGCGGUAACGGUAAAAUCCCCAACAGAGACAGUGGCAUUGACAGCCCCUCGUGCAGCGUGGCCGGGGAGACCUUCCCCAGCGAAGACGGCGCAGAGCAGAAGAAACCUGGCGCGGGCGGGAACCCCGGGGAYGUGGACACGGACAAGAAGGGCGCCAAGGCCGCCCCCGCGGAGCAGAAGCGGGACUCCACGCAGGAGGAGGACAGCGACAUCGAUGAAGGAAGUAGUGAGGAACAGGAGACAGCGGAAGUGCCAAAGUUAGAGUAUUUGGAUGUAAACAAGUGUACAGAGCCCCAAAAGCUGUUCAACAUUGCAAACGAGCUGCUCCAUACGGAAGAAGCAUACGUUAAAAGACUCCAUCUAUUGGAUCAGGUUUUUUGCACUAAGUUGUCAGAAGCAGGUAUUUCAUCUGAAGUGAUAACAGGCAUCUUUUCAAAUAUUUCUUCCAUCUAUUGUUUCCAUGGACAAUUUCUUCUUCCUGAGCUCAAAACAAGGAUUACACAGGAAUGGAACACGAACCCCCGGCUAGGAGAUAUCCUACAAAAGCUGGCUCCUUUUCUGAAGAUGUAUGGAGAAUAUGUAAAGAACUUUGACAGGGCCAUGGACAUGGUGAAUACAUGUAUGCAGAGGUCUUCACCCUUCAAAGACGUUGUUCAGAAUAUACAGAAACAGGAGGUGUGCGGAAACCUGACCCUGCAGCAUCACAUGCUGGAGCCGGUGCAGCGCAUCCCCCGGUACGAGCUGCUCCUCAAGGACUACCUAAAGAAACUCCCAGAGGAGUCUCCCGACAGGAAAGAUGCUGAAAAAUCUCUGGAGCUCAUCUCUACAGCAGCAAACCAUUCGAAYGCAGCCAUACGCAAGAUGGAAAAGAUGCACAAGCUUUUGGAGGUCUACGAGCGACUUGGCGGUGAAGAGGACAUUGUAAACCCAGCCAAUGAACUCAUUAAGGAAGGACAUAUUCAGAAACUUUCAGCCAAAAACGGCACAGCGCAGGAUAGGUAUUUAUUCCUGUUUAACAGCAUGGUGCUCUACUGUGUGCCAAAACUGAGGCUGAUAGGCCAGAAAUUCAGUGUUCGAGAGAAAAUGGACAUUGCAGGACUGCAGGUCCAAGAAAUUGCCAAGCAAAAUGUAGCUCAUACGUUUUCAAUAUCAGGAAAAAAGAGAUCACUGGAACUGCAAGCCAGGACAGAAGAGGAGAAGAGGGAAUGGAUUCAGGUCAUUCAAGCAACAAUUGAAAAGCACAAACAGAACAGUGAAACCUUCAGAGCCUUUAACAGCUCUUUUUCUCAAGAAGAGGACCACCUCCCAGAUUCAUCGACCGAUUCCUGUAGGAAAUCUUCCAAAUCCAAGCGAGACAAAGAGAAACAGGCUUGCAAGAGCUGCAGCGAAAGCUUUAACUCCAUCACAAAAAGGAGGCACCACUGUAAGCAGUGCGGGGCAGUGAUCUGUGCAAAAUGCUCUGAGUUUAAACCACUUGCAGACAACAGCCGCCACAACCGGGUGUGCAAAGACUGUUUUCUGCAGCUGUCAGGAACCCCUUGCAGCCCUGGAUUUGAAACGGGAGAACAGAAGAAGAGACUAGCCACAGAGAAGCAAAGCAUAUUGGCAGCUGAAAACAGCCUCUUCAGCAGCUACCUCCAAUUCCUUGAAAAAGGAAAGACUUGGCAUAAAAUGUGGGUGACCAUUCCCAAGAGUGAACCUCUUGUUUUGUAUCUGCAAGCAAGUAGCCAGGAUGGUCGGAGCCCACGUCCUAUUCCUCUGCCUGGAUAUGAAGUCAGUUUACCAGGUUCUGGUGACAAGUUUGAAGUGAAACACGUUUUUAAGCUUUGCCAGUCCCAACAGACUAUAUAUUUCAGUGCAGAAGAUGAAGAACUGCAGGUGAAGUGGAUGGAAAUUCUCAGCAAAGCAGCCAAAGGGGAAACUGAAGAUACACCCGAAGGACUCGGCAAUCCCUAGAGCAAGUCCCGUUUGAUUUUUUUGUACAUGCUAUCAACCAUCACUUGAAUUUGGCAUUCAAGGCACUUUGGAAUCUGUAUGGCUUUAUAUUUUCAUGUGUCUGCAUAGGAAAUUCAGUGGUUUCUCUCCUUUUAUUGUACAUUUUUCACGUACAGUAGUUAUCUGGCAUAUAUUAUGUUAAAGGAAAAGGUAGUUGUAGUUGUUGGUGGUGUUGAUGCUGGUUUUAAAACAAAAGAUAAGGAGAAAAAGCAUUAAUUUUGUCAAAGGUAACGGAAAAAUCAUCAGUCWCUUGUUUUCCUAAGUGUAUAUUUUCCAGUCCUUUUGAUUGCUGUUCAGUGCAGGAUGUGUAUAGUCUGUGAUUAGUUCUAUAAAUGCUGCCUUUAAGUUAAAUGUUGUAAAGGCUUGUGCUGGCCACUGACAUUCCGUUCUGUCCUUCCCUCCUGGCGCGAGGUCCCUGUGAAGUGUGAGCAACGUCCGGAGCAUUUCCCUUUGCUGAAACUCUGUCCCUGCUGUUUGGAGACGACCCGACCGCAGGACAAAUACUGCAGAAGGGACUUUUAAAGGUGACUGCCAAUGGUGCAGGAAAGAACAUUAAGAAGCCUCACUGAUUUUAAGCAUUUAUAAUAUCGUUUUGUUUUCUUUUGAAGCCAACACUUUCCUUAUUUCUAUUUGAACCGACUUUAAUGUAAGUGAACAACUGUUUUAUACUGCAAACUGGGUUAUGAUCAAUAAACAAGAACAUUUUUAGUACACGCAGUACAAAAAGGUGACUUUUUUGUUGGUUAAUUUAAAAGUGACCUAGGAUUUAUUUAUAUAAUUUGUAAAUAAUGUUUCAUAAGUAUUUUAAGAAUUUUUUUAAAAGAUCUGAGCUAAUUCACAGGAUUUAGUGCAUAGAAUAAGAGAUAUUUGUAUGAACUGAAUUUGUAAUUUAAUUUUCCUGUUUACCUGUAUUUGUCAUAUUUUCAAACUUAAGUGCUUAUCUAUUUAAAUAAAAAGUCAUGCAGUUAACUCCUGAGCCAGAUCUCCAAGGCACAGCAAGCUUUAGGUCAACAUUUAACGUAGGUUUCUUGUUUUUU